UGGAAUGUUGAAUCUGCCACAAGGACUGGCUUUGGCUUUGGGCUUCUAAUGAGAGCACUAACAUCAAGCUCAAUUCUACUAGUUUGGUGAAUCAGUCGAUGCCGGAUGCCUCCAAGAUACGGAUGAUGGUCGCAAAAGCUUUGCGCGUUUGGGAAAACAAUUCCAAGUUGACAUUUCGUGAAGUGUACAGCGAUCAGGCGGAUAUACAGAUUCUUUUUGCACGACGCAAUCACGGCGAUGGCUAUAAUUUUGAUGGACCUGGCCAGGUGCUGGCGCACGCCUUCUAUCCCGCCGUGGGCCGUGGCGGUGAUGCCCACUUUGAUGAGGAGGAGACCUGGCUAUUAGAUGGCAAAAGCGAUGAUAGUCGUGGCACCAACUUUCUGAAUGUGGCUCUACAUGAACUGGGUCAUUCGUUGGGAUUGGGCCACUCGACGGACUCGAAUGCGGUCAUGUUUCCCUGGUAUCAGAACAAUGAGGUGGAUGGCAAGCUUCCCGAUGAUGAUCGUAAUGCCAUACAGGAGCUUUAUGGGGCCAAGGAGAAAGUUUGGGGACCUUAUCGACCGCAAACCACAACGAGUACCACAACAACGACAACAACAAGGCGACCGCUUACCUAUUAUCCCAAUCGUCAUCCCAAUUACUAUCCCAACUAUAAUCCGAAUAGAGAUCGCACGCGCGACCGAGAACGACAAGAACGAGAGCGACAAGAGCGAGAGCGCCAAGAGCAAGAACGAGCACGUGAUCGAGAACGUAUGCACCGAGAGCGUCAGCAACGAGAGCGUGAACAACGAGAGCGUGAACGAGAACAGCGUGAAAGAGAACGAGGGCGAGAACGAGAGCGCAUGACAACAACAACAACAACGAGAGCAACAAAGCCAACGAGAAGAACACAAGUCACAGGACAUACCUACAGACCAUACAACUAUCCCUCGGUUUAUCAGACCAGUAAACCAUAUAAACCCCAAAAGCCACGCAAAAUCAAACCCGACAGCUGUAUGACCAGCUACGAUGCUAUCUCAAUGAUACGCAGUGAAUUAUGGAUCUUCAGGGGACAGUAUCUUUGGCGUAUUGGUUCAAAGGGCUUAUAUAAUGGUUAUCCGACGGAAACGCGACGUCACUGGGAAGCACUGCCCGAGGAUUUCAACAAGGUGGACGCCGCCUUUGAGAAUCAACAGCGACAGAUUGUCUUCUUUAUAGGUCGUCAGUAUUACGUGUUCGAUUCGGUGUCCUUGGCACCUGGUUAUCCGCAACCAUUGACCACCUUGGGAUUACCACCGACACUGACCCACAUAGAUGCGGCAUUUGUCUGGGGCCACAACAAUCGCACAUAUUUGACGAGUGGCACACUCUACUGGCGCAUUGAUGAGAACACGGGCAAGGUGGAGCUGGAUUAUCCGCGAGAUAUGUCCAUAUGGGCAGGUGUCGGCUAUAACAUCGAUGCCGCAUUCCAGUAUACGAACGGCAAGACCUAUUUCUUCAAGAACCUGGGCUACUGGGAGUUCAACGACGAUCGCAUGAAGGUGGCACAUGCUCGACCCAAGAUAUCGUCCCGCAAGUGGAUGCAAUGUGCGCGCAGUGUCAACGAUGUGGAUGAGGAACAACGCUGGACAUCGCCACUGGUAUCUGGCACCAAUGAAACAACAGAAACCAACUCCGCUGACUGCCUAAGGCGGAGGCACAGUCUGAUUGGGAUUGUGGUACUCCUGCUCACAUGGUUGGCUUGGCAUUGAUCUAUAAGAAUUAAAAUAUAGCUUUAAGCUUAGCUAUAGCCAUGAUUCAAAAGAAUACUUAUAGUCCUGAAAGGGAAUUCUGCAAGGGAAUGAUAGAUAUACAUAGAUAACGAAUACUGUCAGACAGUUGAACGCUUCCCCGAAGACAACACACAAAGCGGCCUUACAAACUGAUUUUCCCAAUUAUCAAUUUAUUAUUUUUAUAAGAAUACUUGCCAAUUGUGCACACAGACACCAUCUAUUGGUCCAAAUAGCAGGAUUGUUUAAUCGCAUGUACUAAUUUUAUACAAACUUUAUAAAUAUAUACAAAAUUUAUACAAUAUUUACUAUAAGAUAUUUAGUCCUUAAAAAUUAAAAUAUAUAAAUAUAAAGAUCUACGUAAAUAAUUACGCACUGAAUCAAUUGAGAACUUCUCAGCCACAACUGCCUUAUAAUUAAGUACAGUAUUGCUUCAUAUGGACGAACAGAUUGGCCCGAGUCUUAGUAGCUAUGAGCUGCCCGCAUUUUAUGUUUGAUUUGAUUAUAAACAUUUCUAAUUAUUUAUAUUUAAAUGUGAUAUUAUCAUAAAUUUUAUGUGUGCGAUUGAAUUAAUUAAAACACAAGAACUCAAGAACAAAAUCCAAUCGACAAUUUCAAAUAAAUAUUUUUUGUUAGCAUUA